AUGCCCGGUCCGCUCAAGCGCCCCUCCCUCGGCCGCCUGCUCGCCACCCUCCGGUCUCCCUCCCGCGUCCCGGUCCAGACCGGCUUCCCCACCUCCCUCGCCGACCUCCUCGUCAAGAACCAUGCCCGCCUCACGAAGCCCCGCAAGCCGCGCCGCCCCACCGCCCCUCCGGCGCUGCCCCUGUCUCCGGUCGAGACCCCGAUGGUUGUAGCGGGGGAGACCCCUUCGCUGCCGCCUUCGCCCGAGCCUUCCUCGCCGGUGGCCGUAGAGCCGGGCUCCUCGGCCCCGGUGGCGCGGCCCAAAGGCGCCGCCUUCCUCCGGCCCCGCCCGCAACUCCUCGCGCUCGGAGGCGCCGUGGCGCUCGCGCUCCUCGCCGUGUGGAGCGAGGGGACCGUCGCGGCCUUCGCCGUCGCCUCGCUGUUGCUGCUCUGGAUCGAGUCCGCGUGUCGACGACGCUCUGGCCCGGAGGAACUGCCCGAUUCGGGCGUCCGCGGCCCCGUAUCGUCGAUUCAGGAGGUGGAAGAGGUGCCCCGGUCAUCCAGCUGCUCGGAUUCCGACAAGAGCAGUGAGCCCUCCGAGACGCGCGAGCUCGUCUCCGGCAGCGAAGAUCCGGCCACCCCGAAGACGAAAGCGAAGAGAUCGCUGCGGAAAAUACUCUCCAAGACGCUGCAGAAGAAGAAGCCCAAGGCAAAGGACGCCUCGGGCUCCAGCGACGGCGAGCUCAAGCAGCCUGAGCCAACUACAACAAGCGAGGCCUUUCUAAUUCUAGCCCCGACCCCUUCCACUUCCACCGGCAGAGAGGAAGCGCCGUUGGAACCAAGCACAGAAUCGUCGGUGGGAACGGAAAGGCGCGGGGGCAGGUUCCCCGCGGCGUUCGUCCCGGUCAUCCUCGCAGGCCUCGCCGGGAAGCUCCCGGCGACGGGGCUGGCCGUGCUCUGCGUGGCCUUCUUCGGCCGCCGGCCUCGGAUACAUAACAAUUCAGAACUUCCUCCGACUUCGAGCGAGCCCAGCACCCCCCACCACCGCGGGAUCGAGACACUUGCCAGCGGUCGUCGCGGGAUCCACUUGCCAGCGCUCGACGUCGAGCGAGCCCGGCUCGGCCUUAAGCGCACCAGAUCCAAGUCGUUAGUUGCAGCGACGAUGAGAGUCCGUCCGAUCAAUCAACCAAUAAUUGCAUCUGCAUCCGAUGAGAAAUCAGGCCAAACAAGUGCGGGCGUUUUCCAUUCCGUGUCUGUGUUUGUCGGCUACAUCUUCUUCGGUAUAGCACCAUCGAUCCUAUGGAUUCAGAUAUCUGUCUGCGAGAUCGAGAUGAGCUCUGAACUGAAACCAACUUUCCUGGAAGCAGCGUGCUGCAACGAGUCAGGUUGUAAGCGGGGCGGGAUGCGGGUGUCCGCCACAGAGCUAAGCGGGAUGCAGGUUCUUGGUGAGAAAAUAUAUAUCGUCGUCGUCAUCUUGAUGCUAACUGAUAAACAAUCAGGGUGCUGUGACAUCUUCAAGCUGCACAAAUAA